GCGAUUGGCGCUGCCGCGCCUCUUGCCCUUUGCCCCGCCGCUGCUGCGGACGGUGGCCGACAGGCGGAGGGGCUCGGCAUGGAGCAAGGAGAGGCUGGUUCGUCACCGCUGGCCGGGGAGAAAGCAGGGGAGGAGGAGGAUGACUUCGGUUACCGACUCUUCCCGGACCGGAAGAAGCCGCCGCAGAGUUUCUUAGUCCGCAGCUUAUUCACUUUUCACAACAAGUGCCAGCUCAUGCUGAGGAUGACCCUAGAAACAAAUCCAUAUGCUCAGCUUCUUCUUGAGGCUAUGAAGCAGUCUGGCUGCACUGUCUUCAAUGACCGACACUUCUCUUGUGAGAACUGCGAUGGCUGUGUCAGUGGAGGUUUUGAUUCUGCCACAUCUCAAAUUGUUCUGUGUCAGAACAACAUUCGUCAGCAAUCACAUAUGAACCGAGUGGUCACACAUGAAUUGAUUCAUGCUUUUGAUCACUGCCGUGCACAUGUGGACUGGUUUCAAAAUGUCAAACACUUAGCAUGUUCAGAAAUUCGAGCUGCUAAUCUCAGUGGAGACUGUACACUGAUGAAUGAAAUAGCCAGGUUUAAAUUUGGAUUAAAAGGACAUCAUCAGACUUGUGUACGAGACAGAGCAAUUCGUUCCAUUUUGGCUGUUAGAAAAGUUAGCAAAGAAACGGCAGAAAAAGCUGUGGAUGAAGUUUUUGAUGCCUGCUUCAAUGAUCUGGAACCUUUUGGAAGAAUUCCACACAGCAGAACAGAUGCAAAACGUGCUUAUAGAGACUUUCAGAACAGAGAUCGCUAUAAUGCUAAUUUGUAAAAGGAAAAAAAAUGACAAAUUAUGUUAAUAUCUAAUUGUUCUGUAACAUCUGGAGUUACAGACUAUGCACACAGUGCUGGUGGAAUGAGCAGUUCUGUCAAAUGUAUCCAUACAUUUUGUAAACUCCUUGUGGGAGUCAGCUUCUAUGGAAGUAAACAAAGUAAAUGGAAAAGGCUUAAAAACUCUGUUUCAUCACCUGUUUUUCCUUCAAGAUAGAUUAUUUAGUACACCAGCUCACUCAUGUGAUCUGCAUGUUUCAAUGCACGUUUAAUUCUUCUCAAUCUGACUAGGGCUUGAUUUCUAAAAAGUUUGUUGUUACUGAGUCUUUUUUAUGUAAAAGUCUUCAUGUUUCCACCAACUUCGAUAUGUAGUAGUAAAUGUGCUGGUCUUCAUCACUGCUUUUUAAAAGAUGGGUAACUGAACUACAGCUCUUGGAUCUAAAUUUAAUAACUAUGGCUAAAUGCAACACUUAGUAAACUGCCAGAUUUGUGUUUAAGAACCUCUUGAAUUUCUGUCUCAUCUAAUGUUAAUUUUACAGGUACGUAAAGCCCUUUGGCUUUUUAGGAAUUUGGCCAAUGAUUCUCCUUACCAGAUCAGACCUACAAGCUAGAUAAGCAUUACUGAGUCUGUCCACCAGACUGAACAUUGCUCAAAAUGUUGGAGUAACUUAUGGUCUUCCUGUACUUCUUAGAUGGAUAGGUCCAUAUGAGAAAAGCAAGAAACUAGCUCCAUCCCAAGUGUGAGAGAAGCUGUCUUGUUCCUCCAUUAUUUUCAAAUACAAGAUGUAAUUGUUUUCAUGGCUGCAUGAGAAUCCCAUUUUCUUCUGCUUCUCAAAAUUGAAGGUGCUAUUCAACCAGAGAUAUGGUUCACUACCAUAAAUGAGAUGUGGGUCCCCAGUGAUGGUUUUGUGGGCAUAGCUGUUUGUACCAUUUAGUGGAUCCAGACUCAAGUGCAAAAUUUAGUUCCACAAAAGAUGAAAUGGUACCCUGAUUGUUACUGCUUCAUCUGAAAUGCAAAAACACUUUAGAUGGGCUUUCAGCUCUUUAUAAUGUCAUGGUCUGAGCAGUGAAGAUGAUGUCAGUUUUCCUGUGCAAAUUUGUUCACAGUUAUGGAAGCAUAGAGUUGCUGAGCCUGGAAGGGACCCUAGAGACAAUGUUAUUUCAACCACUCUGCACAGAGCAGUGUCAAAUAAAGCAUGUUUCUGAACAGUA